AUGCUUAGUCAAGUUCAUGGAUUCAAGGAAGCUUAUAAAGAGCUGAUAGCUUAUAUGGACUUAGAGAGAGAAGAGGAAGAGCCAGACAUUGACAAGAAUCAGGAAAUAUCACAAACCAAAGUUAAGUUCGACCCAUGGUGCCCACUUAGAGCUCCAAAAGCCGAGCUCAAACAACUCCCAGUUGGUCUAAGGUAUGAAUAUCUUGGUCCUAAUGAAACAUAUCCUGUUAUUGUUAAUGCUGCACUAACAAAAGAAGAGACCGCUUUACUUGUUCGCGAACUGAGAAAGCAUAGAAAGGCUCUUGGUUAUUCUUUGGAUGAUUUAACAGGAAUCUCACCUGAACUAUGCACACAUCGCAUCAUCCUGGAGGAUGAGUCUAGUUCUUCAAUUGAACACCAAAGGAGGCUAAACCCAAACCUAAAGGAAGUUGUCAAGAAGGAGAUAAUGAAGCUAUUGAAAGCUGGAGUGAUUAUCCAAUAUCAGAUAGUGCAUGGGUCAGCCCUGUACAUGUCGUGCCAAAGAAAGGAGGGAUCACAGUCAUCAAGAAUGAACAUGAUGAGCUCAUUCCAACAAGACAAUCACUGGACACAGAAUGUGUGUCGACUACAGGAAGCUGAACUCCUCUACGCGCAAGGACCACUACCCCUUGCCAUUCAUAGAUCAGAUGCUUGA